AUGGCCAACGCCGUUCGGCCUCCGCUGCUGCGAAGCUCGAAUGAACGGCAGACCAGGCUCAACUUCCUGCCCGUGUCGCGCGAUGACGCCCACCAACAAGCCCAGCGCAACACCAAUAACGCGCCCGUCGCGACAAGACGGACAUCCAAAAGCAGCCCAUUGCUUGCGCUUGCUGAUGACGAUAGAUCCGUCAAGCAAUUAACCCACACGCCUGCGAAACCCCCUCCGCCUGCGCGCACCAGCAGCAGGAAGCGGCCAGCCACAGCCCUCGAACCAGACGCGACCGACACGAGACCUCCCACCAAGAUCACCGUUACACAACCACAUGGCGAGCUUUUGCGCAUCACAAACGGCGUCGCCGCGCCGCUGGGCAUAGACGUCGACAACGUCCCCUCUGCGAGGUCCACGCCCCGGCCAGGCAGCUCCGGCAAGCUUGCUGCGCCCCCAGCCGUCCCCGCCCCAGCUUCAACAGCUUCGUCAACAGACAAGAGGAGCCUGAGGAGUCACGAUGGAGGAUCACGGCUGAAGAGCGAUCUCGCCGUAUACUUUUCCAACUACGACGACAUCAUUGCCGGCGUGCCCAAAGAGGAUGAAUUCCUCGACAUCGAUACGCCCAUAUACAUUGUCGACGAGCCCAUCAAGCCCCAGACACCAGAGCCUACGCGAAGCUCCGUGAGCCCAACGCGUUCACGGAAAGGGAGACACUCGUCCCCUCCGCGCCAUGCUUCGGACCCCUCAAUACCCCCAGCCCAGUCCUCGACUACUUUCACUGUCCUCGACUAUGCCUCUAUAGCCAAUGCCAUCACUCACAACGACGGCGAAGACCCGCUCAUCGACUCCGUCUUCUUCACACAGCACCGACGCGCUGAGCGCAAGGAGAAGCAGCUGCGGAACAUCGAAAAGGAGCGCGCUAUGCACGAGAAGGUGCAGUUGGAAAGGCUCCUCGAUGGACUGCAGGGACCAGACUGGCUAAAGGUCAUGGGCAUAACAGGCGUGACAGACGGCGAGAGAAAGGACUGGGAAGCCAAGCGCGACUACUUUGUCAGAGAAGUAGAAGCGCUAGUUGACAAGUUCCGCGUCUGGAAAGAAGAGGAGAAGCGCUUGCGUGCUGAAAAGGAAGCAGCGCUCGCUGCGAGGGAAGAAGACGAAGAGGAUGAUGGUGAAGAAACAGAAGACUCGGAAAACAUCGUAGUCAAUGGCCGCGACCCUCCACCACCACGACAGCAACCCAAAGAGCCUGAGCCACCAAAACCACGGCGGCCCCCGCGUCCACAUGGCUUCCUCCUCCCCUUCGUACCUCCCGAACCCGCAGCGCCAUUCAACUCCUUCUAUGCAAAACCGCACCUCCGCGCCGCUGCCCUCGGCAAACAUAGGCACGGUCGCAACGCAUCUGCAUUCGGUCUGCCCAUACCUGACUUUGCAGAAAAGGAGUUUGAGCUCCCAGACGAUUUCAUCGAUCCUCAGUUCCUAAGAGACAACGCGCGGCAAAGAAGGAGGCGGAAGAGGGAAAGUGGUGUCAAUACAGGACCGGGAUCGAGUGGGCAGUAG